CGCAGCGUUCACUCAGCCAAGCAUUGGCUGCAACCCCCAUGGCGGGCCAGCCGCGACCUUGAGUCCAAGGCGCGGCCGAAUGGCCUCCAAGGGCUCCGGAGCCAAAGGCCAAGUCAUGCCGGGCAAAAGCUCGUCCCGUGGCUUCAGCCGGCCCAGCAGCCGCGCGGACGAGGCGCGGCUUUCCGGCGCCGGGCGCUUCGUGGUGGGCCGCAGCGACGCGCUGAAGUCGGCCUACUGCGGCGACAAGGGCAACGUGUCCCGCUGCGCCUCGGUGCCCUGGAGCGUGCUGCUGGACAAGGUGGACACCGGCUGCUUCAGGGACAGCCCCAAGAACCCCGUCUUCGAGGGCUACGAAGAAAGCAGCUGGCUGUGCGAGGUGAACUGCUCUCUGGGCUCGGUGCAGGCUGAGAAGCCGGAUGCUCUGCGACAGUGGUACCUGCGAUGGCAGCAGCAGCAGCGGACGAUGCAAACCAAGGGCCCUGUGACUUCAUCGAUUCAACUGAAGCCUACCCGUGUGAAGGGCCUGGAUGCGCCCAAGCAGGAGUGGUGCAGGCUGAGCAUCAAGUCCAGACGGACCAUCCAGCAGUGGAUUUCAGGAGACAUUGGGGGCCGGCAUUGCCUGAUGCUGUUGGAGCACGAUGCUGCCAUUGACUUCUUCAUCUCCCCGCUAGAUCACAAGGAAAUGUCAGCGUCCGACGUGGGCUCUGGCGGUGCGCUGUGCGCGCUGUCUGGCCUUCCACUAGAAGCCGAGGGCAGCAGGGAAGGAGGUUGGCUUUAUAGAGAAGUCUUUGCCAAGAGUCCAGUGGAUGUCUUGGACGACGCGCUGCAUGCGGCACUGGAUGGAGGUGCUGGAGAUGUCAAAAGCCAGAGUGCAGAUCAGGUGAAUCUGGCCUUGCGGCGGCUGGCCAUGUCUGCGCAAGCCAGCGGUAUGCAAUCCCUCCUCGCCAGCCGAAGGGAGCCAGAUGGGCCCAGAUGCUCUGACGAGUACAUGAGGAUUCAGGUGUGGCUGGAAGUGGUCCGGCACCAUGUGGCCGAGCAAGCAAAAGGACAGGCUGUGCUCGUCGCCAACGCGAGGUCCAAGGCACGCCCAAAGCGGCUGCCAAGCGAAGUGAGCAACCAGCUCUGGGAUGACAGGCAGUUCCUCAAAGAUUUGGAGAAGCCAGACUCGGAGAUCAAAGCAACAGCUGCGCGAAUGAACUUCGAGCAACUCUGCAGGCAGAACCAGUCGAUGGAGACCUACAUGAUGCGCGUGGUGCGCCAGCGGGAUUACUUGAAGCACAUGAUGAGCCUGGCAGACGAGUGCGCUUCUUACGGCGUGCUGGGCCUGGAAGGCCCCGGUGCCACACACGACGAGAUCAAGAAAGCGUAUCGCGCGCUGGCCCUCAAGGAGCAUCCAGACAAGGCUGGCAUUGAGAACAAGGAGAGGUUCCAGGAGAUCCAGGAGGCCUACGCGGCGGUGCUGAAGCGCAGCAAGUCGGAUGGUCAAGGGAAAGGAGAGGCGCCACAGAACACCUCCCUGCCGGCCAACGGCUUCACCAAGGAAGCCGUCCUCUUCGCUGAGCAGGUCAAGGAUGCCGCAGACGAGGUGGCGGCGCUGGCCUGCCGUUCCAACCAUUUGUGCACCAGGGCGGUGGAAGCGCGCGGCCAGCAGAAGCGGGCGGCGCUGCGGGAGCUGAUGGACGUGACCCGCUGCGGGGCCAAGAUGCUGCAGAGCUGCGGGGCCCUGAUGCGGCAGCUGCGGACCGGCAGCUGCGAGGUGGCCUGCGCCGCCGUGCAGGCGCUGCAGGAGUACGGGUCCUGGGCCGCCAGCAUCAUGUCGGGCGUGGGCCUCGAAGAGCGGGGGGACGUGGUGAAGGCGGCUGGCCUGUCCUGCGCCAUCACGGCGGACCACCUGGACGAGAUGGCGGCGAACGACGAGAAUAUGGUUUGCAUGCUGGAGAACCCCGAGUGCUCCAUCGACCAGGGCAGCGCCAUCCGGGUGCUCAGCGAGAGCCUGGGGCGCACGGCCACGGUGGUGCGCUGCGCCGCGGACAAGGCGAUCUGCGUGGCCAACGGGGCCUUAGAGCUGGGCUGCAGCCUGGCGAUGCUGGACCAGGAGCGCCGCAAAGAGAAGGCCAAGGAGGCCAAGGACACCGUGGUGGGCGAGCCGCCCUCGCCUCCUCCGCCGGCUUCCGCGUCUGGCCUCGGCAGCGAGUCCCCUCUGCCAAAGACGCGGCGAAGCUGCGCUGCCCGAGCGCCGCGAGAGGAAGAGGAGGAGGAGGAAGAGGAGGAGCCGAAAGCUUCACUUAAGGAGGAGGAAGCAGAUGGACAGCCGAAGCAGGCCAAGCUGCUGAUUCGGAACCUGCGAUGGCUGGAGAGCCUCAACAAAGAGGUGCUGGAGCUCCAGGGCAAGCUGAGGGCCGCCAUCCAUUCGGACAGUGGCAUGCUCAAGGGCAUCGCCCCAGAGCACAAGGGCGGCGUUUUUGACCUGGUGGGGCAGAUCCUCCAUGCUGCCAUCUCAGAGGCGACGGUUUCGGCCAAGGAUGAUGCAAUGUCAUCUAAGCAGGUGCUCGAGCAGUCGUUGGCUUUUGCACUGGCCUUGGAGCACACCCAGCAGGUCGCCGUGCCGGCGGAAGUGAAGACGCAAGUGAUGAAGCACGCUGCCCUGUUGGAUGUGGACUUGCUUUGUCAAAUCAUCGAGGGCCCCUUCCAGAAGCGCCUGGUGGCCGCCGGCGGCCGCCGCUCCGCCUCGCUGCCCUCGGCGCGGCCUCGGGCUUUGGCGCCAGGCGAGCCAAAGGAUAGCCGCGAGUCGUGGAUGAGCCUUGUUCAUUCCACUUGCGCACGCAUCACUUCAAGCUUGCGUGAUCCCCGGAAUGGAUGAAGCACGCUUCUCUUCAUCGAGCAGGGCAAGCUGCCAUGCUAACUGGGCACGCUACAGUGACAGUAGCAUCCUAGGUCCAAAAGUCGGGCUAAUGUAAUUUAAAGACCUCGCGGGAAUUCCCACCGCGGAACCAGCAAAGUUGGUCAAGGUGACGCAUGUCGCUAAUCUGGCGAUACUACAUUGCUCAUAUUGUUCGGAG